CGAGAACAUAGAUAUGUAUGGCCGAGAUCAGUAAUCAGACGCGCACGUUUUCGGACGGUCCGCGGGCACGAGCAAAGUGGAAUGCUUGUUCACGCGCUUGCUGUUGCGAAGGGGUAUAGCGUCGGGAACGAGCGCGCAGCAGACAGACUGACCAGAGACAGACGUCACGAAUCUGCAGAGAUGCUGUACGAACAGCGAGGAUAAAGACAUUUACAAACCACGCCGCUGUUUAUUCUCAUGUCAGAGCAAAGGAUACCUUACCUCGUCUUCAUGGAUGAACGUAUCGCGUAUUUAUAAAAUUUGACGUCCUCAAUAUGAUUUUAAAGCUUUAUUUGUGAGAUUUAAAAACAACACCCGGCGCUGUACGGAUCGGGAUUGAGCAAGCACCCUAAGGCCCCAAUGCCUGACUCAGACCCACGUCACCGGUGUUAGAGGACAAGCUCGAAGCAGACCACAGAAGACAGGAUGAGCACAGUGCUGGAGCAGACAGACAUCUUGUCCACUGGCAUUGUGGUAAAGGAACGAUGGAAAGUACUGAAAAAAAUAGGUGGUGGUGGUUUCGGGGAGAUCUACGAGGCUCUGGACCUAAUGACCCAGUGCAGCGUAGCUCUGAAAGCAGAGUCAGCCCAGCAGCCUAAACAAGUUCUGAAGAUGGAGGUGGCAGUGCUAAAAAAACUUCAAGGAAAAAAUCAUGUUUGUCGAUUUGUUGGAUGUGGCCGCAAUGAUCGCUUUAAUUACGUUGUCAUGGAACUUCAGGGUCGUAAUUUAGCAGACCUGAGGAGAAGUAUGAACCGCGGUACUUUUACAGUCAGCAGUACUCUCAGACUGGGUUUGCAGAUGCUGGAGGCUAUUGAGAGCAUCCACUCAGUUGGCUUUUUACAUCGUGACAUAAAACCGUCCAACUUUGCCAUGGGCCGAUUUCCUAGCACAUGUCGGACUUGCUACAUGUUAGACUUUGGGUUGGCACGGCAAUUUACUAACUCCUGCCAAGAAGUCAGACCGCCCCGCCCAGUUGCUGGUUUCAGGGGUACAGUACGCUACGCCUCAAUGAAUGCUCAUAAGAACAAGGAGAUGGGAAGACAUGAUGAUUUGUGGUCUUUGUUCUACAUGUUGGUGGAGUUUUUGGUCGGGCAACUACCUUGGAGGAAGAUAAAAGACAAGGAGCAAGUGGGGAAGUUAAAAGAGACGUACGAUCAUCGGCUCAUGCUGAAGCAUCUGCCCCCAGACUUCAGCGUAUUUCUGGACCACAUCAGCAAUCUGGACUAUUUUACCAAACCAGACUAUCAGCUAUUAAGGACCGUUUUUGAGAAGAGCAUGAGAACCUAUAACGUAGUGGAGAAUGACCCUUAUGACUGGGAAAGGAUGAGUUCAGAUAGCCCAAUGACAAUCAACACUGCAGCAAACACACCACAGCACCACACACGCCUCACGCCAGCUCAGAUGGGCAUUGUGAAUGCCUCAUUGGUGCCUGGAGAUCUGAAGGAGAACACAGAUGAAGGUCUCCAGCACGAGCAGCUCAGUGAUGGAGACAAUGCCCGGCCUGAGCAAUUACCCGGAUCUCCUAACCUUCCACUCAGAAACCAGGAAACCGAUGUCUGGGAGGACCUGGACCGUAACCGCAACCGGAUCUGUCCUGUAGUCUGGAAGAUGGCAACAGAGGAUGAACAUAGUAACCAAGGCAUUCAGAGCCCCCAUGCAGGGCCUAGCAUUGGUUCUCCAGUGCGAGUCCGAUCAGAGGUGGUGCCCUCAGAUAGAGAGACUCCUCUUUUGAGGAAACUGCGCAAUAUUCACAGUUUUGAGCUGGAAAAGAGGCUAACUUUGGAGCCGAAACCCAAUACUGAGCGCUUUGUUGAGGCAUGUUCUGGUAAGCAGCCAUCUGGUACAGUGAAGGAAGGAGAAGGUAAUGGUGUCUCUGGCUUGGCCAAUGGAAGUCACGCUGAGCACGUUUGGCACUAUGACGAGGAAUUCCGCUCUGGUGGUGGCUCACUCAAGCCUGCUUCCCCGAUCUCUUUUGAGCUGGGUGAUGGUGCUGCUAACAGCGGCUUUGUCGCUCUUAAUCUGAGCUCAGGACUACAAGAUGUUGAGUUACAUGAUUGGGUGAUGGUGGAGAAGGGCUCUGAACUGCAGGACUUCAGAGAUGCGGCACGAAGUAGCCCUGGCCGGGAGGCCAAGCUCACUAGUAGUCCAUCAGGUGAUUGUGAAGAGGAACCAGAUGUUUUACAGCCAAUGGAUGAAUCACCAGACAAAGAGUCCACUCCAAGUCUAGUACAAGAAGACAUUGCCACUUACACCACCCAGAGCCCACUAAGAAUGGAACGGUUGGAGCUGAGCGUUGUCCCUGCAACAGGUGUUACCCCCACCAGCCCUGCCGAGGCACUGGCUGAAGGAGCACUUACACAGUUUCCCACUUCUCCUGCAUCCCAUCCUGAGGAGUUUAUGGCAAGGACGUGCAGCCCCCUGCACCUGCGCUCCCCCAGCCCGCACACCCUCCUGACCACCCUCUCGGACCCCCUGCACCAGCGUGCUCCACCUGGGAUGCACCGCAGUCAGUCUGCAGACCACCAACACCACCCUUCCUCCUCCACCUCCUCGUGCCACGCCUCGCUGCCAUUGCCUUCCCACUCCCGUGCCGUUUGUUCACCUGGACGUAGGAAACUUCCUGCCAUUCCAGCUGCUGCCGCAAAUGCCAAGUUUCCCUCAGUCAUACGAAUUACCCGUGCUCAGCUUCAACAGCUAACUGCUCAGCGGCCCUCUGUUCUGUCCUCCCAGUCUGCAUCUGACAGCGUUCCACUGGAAAGACAUGAUACUGAUAAUGGUAACAAUGUGAUCCAUCCACAAGACAACACAGCAGACAUCAACUCUCCACAGGAGCUGGUCCCAUUCCAAUCCCCCAGUCCCUCUAAUGGUGAAGGGGAACCUUUGCUAAAUGGGAAUGAACCUCAGAAACCUUCUAGCCCGGUACCAAGCCUUGUGCUGUCUCCACGCACACCUCCCUCUCCGCAAAGCCCCGUUCUGAUGAACGGCUGUCAUACACCUUCUUCAGGCGCUCAGAGAGAUGCCAGCGAGCUGCUUCCAGAGCUCAAAGAGCCGAAGAGUGAUUUUACCUUACCUGGCCACUCCACAGAGCACCACCAGCCCUCCAUGGAGGAGAACAAAGAAGAGAUUCCUGGCAAAAAUGGUAGUCCCACCCCCUCAUCACCUGCCUCUGUGCCCAAACAAGAUCUGAAUCGUCGACACAGCCGUAUCCCAGUGCUAGAACCUUCUAGCCUUCUGGACCCACCAGUGGGCUCUGCUAAAGAACAGUUGCUGCAAAAGAGGGUUCACCAUAUUCCCAUUUCACCCUCUGCUUCCCCCUCAUUAUCUUCAGAGAGACGUGUAAUCGUGGCUGUCAUGCAGCGAGAUCAGCUCUCCUCUGCCUCUUCUGAACGCUCUCAGGAUGAUGAGUCGAUUCUAGGUUCUCAAUCUGACCGUCAGGGCGAUGAUGCUCCCUCACUCUCAUCCUCCUCCAGCCCUCUUUUACGCAAAAGCAAGAUCCCCCGCCCCGUAAUGCCCAAAUCUGGUCCGGAAACCGUUACAGCACACUACCUGCCCCGCCCACCUCCAGGAAAACCGCCGAGCCGUUCUACUGUGGAUGGAAGGUUGCGACGUUACAGGAUGCGUGCCAGCAGCACCAGUGACUCAAAACUGCUAACCUGUCUGGCCCAGCUAGUGCACUCCAGUUCACCACGUGGCUCUCCACACCAUAUCCGCCCCUCCCCACAGCACAUGAGCGCAAGACACGUGUUUGUCAAUUCCACCUCCGCUGCUCACGUUCUCCACCAGCGUAGCUCUAGCGCCUCUCCCCGCAGCUCCUCCUCACUGCAGCGCUCCGUAAGCUCCUCUCCAUCCCGCCACGAGCACCGCGGGGGCUGUCUGGGGCGCAGUCGCUCUCCUCCUAGUUUUUCAGGAUCACCUCCUAUACGUCGCUAUCAUCCCCAAACACAGGAAGGAUGCUGUGGCCGCCAGGCCCGUUCUGCUACUGCACACACCCAAUGGGGCAAAGCUGGCAACCAUGAGGUCAGGUGCUCCAACAAGCUGAGCAGAUAGUUAAUCAAGGGUUUGAGAUGGUGUUAGAUCAAGUGAAUAGAUUUAAAAGGGACUUCUGGGUACUCACCCACCCCUAUGACUGCAUCCUUCUAUUUUCUAGAUGCUCCAUUGCUUUCUUUGCAUCUUUGGCCUUGUUUUUAAGGUGUUAGCCUUUUAAGAACACUAAAGUAUAGGAGAGAAUAUGGAAGGUUAUUUGUGAAGCUAAUUGGCCAAUUCUGUAGUGCUUUGUAGUAGUUUUCUUUUUAACAUUCCAGAGCUUUUAUGAAAAUGAUUGUAUGUAUUUAUGAACGAUAGAGUGUUGUCUAUUUGCAUCAAGCAAAUAGUAUUAUAGUAUUUAUUAUGUUAAUUAUUUGGGCAUUGAUGCACAUUGCAGUUCUCUUAAGAGUGCAGUGGCAGGUACACUGACAAAUCAUGCCACCCUUUCUCGCUCUUGCUGUAUUUUUUUAGUUACUGUCAGCACCUUGAAUUGUAAAAAUGUGAACACAGCUGCUUCCAGGUACGCAAACUCAAUUUUAGUUUUGUGUCCAGGGUGGUUGGAACACAAUUCAUAAUGCAGUGCAAGUAUGUGUUGCAUUCUCAGUGUUGCCACAGGGAGCGAUACGUCGGUCAGUUACCUUUUAAGUAUGGUUCACUCAACAUUACAUCAGUAGCUGACACUAUGGGCAAUCGCCUUCCUCCUCGAUCUACCUGAAGCCUAUUAAAUAAUGCCAGUGCAGUUGCAACUCGCACUGUGUGCACUGUGGUCAGGGCCUAUCGACCCUAAAGCAUGGCAUGCUCUAACUGGGUCUGGCCAGCUGCCAACCUCAAAGGCAACUCUUGCUUCAAUGCCUUGCGAGGUAACUGCCUGCUUCAGGUUUUUCAGGCCUAACUCCUGAAUUCCCUGGAUGAGAAUAGUCCGGACACCAAUGCCUUCAAGGAUCUCCAUAGUGCGACGGACUUUAUGCUGAAGCACACCAAGUGCACGGUCCAGGGGAUGUCUCUUGUUAUUAUUGUAACCUUGGUUCCCUGAAAGAUGGGAAUGAGACGUAACAUAAAUUAGCCACAUUCUGCUGUUCAAUUGAAAGAUUUUGAGGUAAUAGUUCUUGGACAGUGUAUUAUAUAGCAUUGGUGGCUUCGCCCCUGUGCCCUUCUUGAUCAGCAUUGGCCAGUGCGAGUUGCAGCUGCACUGGCGUUAUUCAGUAGGCUCGAAAAGGAAGGUGAUUCCCUAUAGUAUCAUCUAAUGAUGCAAUGUCUCGUUCUUGUCUCUCAAGGAACUGAGGUAAUUAUAGUAACCAGAGACAUUUUCCAAUCAGUACCUUCGGGUUAGGCAGUUUCAUGGCAGUGCAAUAGUUAUAGAGAAUCAUGCUGCUUGGAUAAAAUUUGUUAAACUGUCAAAAUGUUUAUAGCUACCUACGGAAUGGUAACACAUCCAGUUAAAUAUCACAGACAUUUGAUGGUGACUGCAUGCCUGCAACGCAUUGGCCAAGGAUUCAUGCUUGCGUUCACAUACUUGCAGAACAUGUUUCUGGCCUAAGUGAGUGCAAGGGGAAUGCCAGAAUUGCAGUUCCUUCUUCUUCUUUAAAAAUGCACACUGUGGUAACAAUCAAAAAUGGUCUUGCACUUUGAUGUGCCUAAAGAAGUUGUGUGGGGAGUGUACUGUAUUUGGGACAUGGCAGGCGUAAGCUUCCAGAAACUACGAGUCACAAACAGUUAUUUUGACUAGAGCUUCUGAUAUCCCACAGCAUUAUAAUUUUUUUUAUUAAACACAUCCACAUUAAGUACACAAAAUAUUAAGGUAUUGAGUUAUUUUUAAUUUGGGAAUUUAAAUCUGUGCCCACACAAUUUAGCAGGACGAUCUGCAGAUUACCUGAACCAUCUGUAAUUCAUAUCUUCUGCCCCUUGGGUGGUAAAAUAUUACUGUCAUCUUUUUGAUACCAAUAGAAAUCCCAGUUUAGUUCCGAACCAUUCUGCUAUAUACAGCCAAUAUUAACAUUUCAUAUCGGCCUUUGUAUCAGAGUUGCAUAUUAAUACACUGAAUAAAUACUGUCAUCACGUAAAAAACUAAAGAAAAGUUGAAAGUCAGCACUUGCACUUAAGCCUGGCGAUAACUGAAACAACAGCCAAUAGGUUUUGACAAAUUAAAUCAUUCUAUUAUAUGUGCCAUAUAAUGUCCAAUCAUUACUGCACAAAGUUUUACAAUUUUACAAUUGAAAAAAGUUUUACAAUUCAAAAGCUCAGCAUUUUUAGUGCAGUUUGCCAUUGGUCCAUGCACUUUCUUUUGCAUUUAAGUUCUUUAGCUUAAUAAAAAAUAAAUGUUUUUAAAAAGUGUGCAGCUAAUUUCCCCUAAGGAAGUUUCCCUGGAGCAUUAACUCAGCACUGUCUUCCUUUUUUGUUUGUAUUACGCUGUAUUAUAGCUCACAUUUCACAUACAAGGCCAAAUCUUUGCAUGAACUACAGCAAAAUGCUACAAAGUACAAUACAACAGCUAGCAAUUUUUCCAUGUACUGUACUGGAAGUAUGUAGCCUGAGAAGUUUGUCAGCUUGUAAAUAGAGACUUGUUUUCUUGAAUUUUCUCUGGAUUGUCUAAAAUAUAUUCACAUUACUCACAUUUUAACUUGCACUAAAGGAGAGAUUGUCUGUUUUAAAAUGACUUGGUUAAUGCUUGACUCUUUGCAUUCAGACACAUUUAUGUAUAUGAGGGUAUAUUCUGGUUGGUGGUUUACCGGAGCAUGUUGGAUAUCAGCAGAUUAAACCAUGUUAAUAUUUUUAAGCGAAAAUGUUUAUUUUCAGCUAUAUCAAUAUAAUUUCUUUGGUCAGGCACUAUUUGUAGUUACAUUACAGCACUGUUUAAUAUAAUGUUGCAUUUAUUGGUUUUUAAUAAGACUGAUGUAAAGCAGCUAUCACUACUCUGCCCUAAAACACUAUCUUGUCCAUCAGUGAAUUUUUUAGGUACUAUCCCUGCAAUAAACACACUCUUAGGCCAUAGGAGAUUACAGACAAAUUUCAACAUGGUAAUGUUUCUAUAUUAAUCAGAUCACAUUUGAAUAUUUUAGAGGAAACACUCCACAUACAUUUUUCUUGAAUUCCCAGGUAUAUUUAUCAAAUACUUGGGUUACAAGCUAGGUAAAGGCAGUUUGAGUGUAUUCGCUAUGCCUUAAAAUUGGAGAAAGAUGCAGAUUUCAACAUGCAAUAGGACAAUAAGAGAACAAAUGAAUUUUAAAGUA